AUGGAGGCUGAUGAAUACUUCUCCACAUAUGAUGCCCUCAAAGAUCAGCGGAAAAAUGAGCACGCGGCCCGAAAACAAUUGCCGCUGAAAACCAGCGAGAAUUGCGGAAUCAACAAAAUCGUGUGGUCGCAAUUCGACUUUAUGACUGGUCCCGAACUCAAGUUCGUCUGGGACGUCACACCGUCGACGUCGAUCUCGCCGGUGAACUUGUGUGAAGAUGGAUCGAUUGCGGAUGCUGAAAGUUUAAUCGAUUCCAGCGGAUCCAAUCAAUCAGUCUCGUUUGAGGAGAUUGAUGAUCCUUUAAAGACCGAGCUCACUAUCUUUGAAGAGCUGGAAGAUAGCAGAUAUAAUUAUUCGGAAAUGGAUGGCGAUUAUAAGACAAGAAAGUAUCUUGAUGAUUAUAUGACGGAGAGUACGGUGACAUGUGGGACAUCGAGCACUAAAACCUUAACAAUGGACGAUUCGAGGAUAAUUGAAAGCCCUGGAAGUAGUGGAAGGUCAUUACGCGAUGAGGGCAUUGAACACUUCUGCGGGGAGCGCUUUCGACCAGUUCCAUGUGAUGAUAAGCUCUCGCCGUGUGGAACUUUUCAUGAAUCCAUGUCGCCGAAUGAAGUUGGAGUUCUUGGGAAACUUCUUGCCAAUAAGUAUCCAUCGGAGGAGGACCGAGAGCUAGCGGAAUUGCUUAGAGAAAAAAUGUCAUCAGCAAAAAGUGAAACUCGAGAAUGUGUCGCUCAUUUAUCUGAACAUUAUGAGCUUGAUCGAAUUUCGCCGAUAUUGAAUCCUGAAGACGAAUCCAGAAGAUCGUGUAUGGAUUCUGGAGUCGGACUCUCGACCCAUAGCAAUUUAUCAGCGUUGUGUCGAACUCCGCCGAAUGGCGAAGAACGAGUCAAUGAUUCGUUUUCAUCGACUACCAAAUGGUCCCAAUCACAUACAAGGUAUUUCCCGGUCACAUCGUCAACACCGCCGCCGCGUGAUAUCUUCGAGCUUUUCGAUGAUGAAGUCGAUUUCAACGAGACCUAUGUUGCCGAUGAGAAUUUUGUGGCGAAAUGCGUUCUAGCAGAGCUCAUUUGCAAUGUGCCGCAUUCUCGAUGUCCGCUACAACACAAGCUGAUCGUUUCGCCGUCGAGGCAUCUACUCGUGGCGGCGUUCAUAUUCUCGGCGCAGAGCAAACGCGGAAGUGUUGUGACGCACGCGAUUUCGUUUCUCAUGAAUGAUGAGAAGCAAGAAUGGUAUUUGGAUCGGCAAAGUUGGUUUGAGAAGAUGGUCGGUGAAUCGGUGCCCAAGAUGAAGGCUUCGUUGUUCUCAGAAGACGCCGAUGAUGUUCUCGUCCGUGUAACAUCGGAGCUCACAAGACUCAUGGCUUUGUUAUCAGCGCUAGAAAGAUACUCUCUGUUUAGUCUGGAUAGAACUCUAAUGAUCAAAAACACCCUAUUAGCUGAGAAAGGAGUCAAUCUUGCGGGUAAUCGAUUCCUGGAGAAGGCGAUAUCAGGAUGCCUUCAAAGUCAAGGAUAUACUAUCAUUGUUGGAUCGGAUCAUCAAUUUGUUGCGAAGCUUCUCAACACUCUCGCGUUCUUUAUUCCGGAGAAUCUCCGAUGGUGCUGCUUGAGACCUUAUCGGCACAAGUAUAGCCCGUAUUUUCGAAUUCAAGCCGUCCGAAGGGCUGAACUUCCGACGGUAAUCAACAGCGGAGGUUCGUGUCCAUGGCCGGUUUGCAUUAUCGACACUGACAAAACUGCGGUUUGCAUGUCGGCCAGUUAUCAAAGGCACAGAAUAUUGAGGGCACGCAACGAUUCGAGAGGUGUUCGCCUGAUUCUGGAACAUUCUGGCGUAAUGUCAUCUUCAAAAUUGUCAAGUCAAUCCCAAUUAGAAUUAUCGACGUGUCGAACGAUAGAAGCGGUCAGCACGUUUCUAAAACGAAUCGAUUUGCUUCCGAUGGAUGAAGGAAUUCGAUCAGGAUUCUGCUCGCAGCUGAUGCUAUAUAUCGAUAAUAUGGCUGAUGCAUUCAUAUCGUACGUGAGAGAUUCGAGCCGACCGAAGAUUGAUGAGAAGGAAUGCGGCACGAGAUCGCGACAAUUCAAUUUAAGCGAAUGCCGAAAGGCGCUAGAUUUGAGUAGCGACGCGAUGUUCAACGCGAUUCUUGCGCGCGCUGAACUCCACCAACCCGAUAUUGCUGAAUUCAUCUACAUGUGA